AAUGCAUAUGAUACAAUGCACUACUACAAGUGUACUGGAAGCCCAUUGGCCUGUAGUAAACAGAACAAGCCCAUUGGCUGGGAGGUUCAGCAGGCGGCAGCACACAGAGCCCUGCCGGCCUGUUCCUCAGUGAAGGAAGGAAGAAGAGGAGGAAGAAACCCGGAGAAGGAGGAGAUCGAGCACGCCGUUGAAUUACUACGAGCGAGACGUGUUUUCCACUCACUAACCAUGGCUGCCGAAGAUGAGGGAUUCGUUGUGAAAGUCCGGGGUUUGCCGUGGUCCUGCUCUGUGGACGAAGUGAGCAGAUUCUUUUCAGACUGCAAAGUUGCCAACAAUGGCACCAGCAUACACUUCACCUACACCCGGGAAGGCAGACCCAGCGGCGAGGCUUUUGUUGAACUGGAGACCGAGGAUGACCUCAAAAUUGCACUAAAAAAAGACAGAGAAACCAUGGGCCAUAGAUAUGUGGAAGUAUUCAAAUCCAACAAUGUGGAGAUGGACUGGGUUCUCAAGCACACAGGACCAGACAGCCCAGAGACAGAGGGUGACGGACUAGUGCGACUGCGGGGUCUGCCUUUUGGAUGUAGCAAGGAGGAAAUUGUACAGUUCUUUUCAGGGUUGGAAAUCGUGCCAAAUGGGAUAACAUUGCCGGUGGACUACAUGUGGAGGAGUACGGGGGAGGCCUUCGUGCAGUUUGCUUCACAGGAUAUAGCUGAAAAGGCUCUAAAGAAACACAAGGAAAGAAUAGGGCACAGGUACAUUGAGAUCUUCAAGAGCAGCCGUGCUGAAGUGCGGACGCACUACGAGCCUGCCCGCAAAGGCAUGGGCAUGCAGAGACCCGGACCAUAUGACCGGCCCAGCGGAGGUGGCCGUGGAUAUAAUGGCAUGAGCCGUGGAGGAUCCUUUGACAGGUCACGACGUGGAGGAUAUGGAGGAGGAAUGUCAGAUGGACCCUAUCGUGAUAGUGGUUCCAACUUUCAGAGUACAACUGGACACUGUGUGCACAUGAGAGGGCUUCCCUACCGUGCUACAGAAAAUGACAUCUACAACUUUUUCUCACCUCUUAACCCAGUGCGUGUGCACAUUGAGGUGGGCCCGGAUGGACGGGUAACCGGAGAGGCAGACGUGGAGUUUGCUACACAUGAGGAUGCUGUGGCCGCCAUGUCCAAGGACAAGGCCAACAUGCAGCAUCGUUAUGUUGAGCUGUUCCUAAACUCAACAGCAGGUGGCAGCAAUGGAGGCUAUGCAGACCACAUGGUCGGAGGAAUGGGUAAUCAGUCCUCCUAUGGACAUGGCGGUCAGCAGAUGGGAGGUGGCUACACUGGAGGGUAUAAUAACCAGUCCAGCAUGGGGGGAUACAGUGAUUACAGUAAUCAAAACAGCAGUUACUACGGAAGCAGUCGUGGCUCCAUGGGCAUGAAUGGGAGUAUGAAUAUGGGAGCUGGUUGGGGCAUGUGAAGGCAGCUGUGACGUAACUAAAGAGAGAGCCAUUUUGUUCAGAAUGCCAAAAGGGCCACAGUUUGUGGGGGGUGGCAGCGAUGAGUUUGUUCCAUGUGAGGAGUAAGAAAAGGACCAGACCCUUUCCUGUCCCUCAUUAAGUGUGCACACUGCAUCCAGUUCAUUUCUUUCUUUUUUUUUUUUUCUUUUUUUUUUUUUUUUAGUUUUUGUUUUUUUAUUGUGAUUCUGAAAACAGUAGGGUACCAUGGAUUACCCUCAUUAAACAUUUUUAAAGUUCAUGCCUUAGUCACUUCCCUUUGUCCUCCAGCCCCACGAGCUAAGUGUAUGCUUGUAAAUAUCUUGAAUGUCUGAUACAGAGACUGUAGAAUACUUUCGAGUUCUUUAACAUUUGCUUUGAUGAUGAAUUUUGUACAAUGUGUAGUUCCUUUCUUUCUUUUUUUAAAUAAAAUGGAAAACAGCUUUUUUGGCAAUUUGAUACAAAAUGUGGAGAGAUUUUAAACUUUCAAUUUUGGGCCUUUUGCUUCCUUCACAUGAUCUAUCAUUAAUUACACAUGGUAAAUAAAAUUUAUUUGUGGUUA